UUCCCAUUCAUUUGACAGUAGCAGUAGUCGCAGUAGAAUUCAAUUCAAGGUGGUUGUGUGUUUUUUGUUGUCACUAUUUGUGCGAACAGUUCGAAAUAUUUUGCUUUCGAAUUUUAUUAAGUGCAGCAGUGAUUUGCGAUUUUCUUAUUGUUGUUUUACAUUAAAUUUGCAACGGACAGUGACAGUAGAGGAGCAGUGAGAUAAAUUUGAUUUUAGAAACGCACACAAUUAGAAUAUUUACAUAACUUUUUCUAUUUGUUAAAAAAAUUCCCCAGAAAGCAGAACGUGUUAAGUUUUGCUUGGAAAUAAAUACUUUAUUAACGAAGGGGUCAAUAAAUCAUUGGCAGCUUGUAUUUGUUGCUUUGGCUGCAACAACAACAUCAAAUAAAACUAAAUAGAUAAUUAUCUUUAUUAAUAAGUCUCGCUGGUAAAACAAAUUGCAAAAUGUCUAAAAAGGGUGCUGCUAGUAUGGCUGGAAGAUUUUUUGAAAAUCUUAAAAGCAAAGAAUUCCGUGAAUAUUUAAUGAGUACACAUUUCUGGGGUCCAGUGGCUAAUUGGGGUAUUCCUAUUGCUGCUUUAGCGGAUAUUAAGAAAGAUCCUAAAAUUAUUUCAGGUCGCAUGACAUUGGCUCUUACCCUAUACUCCUUUGUGUUUAUGCGUUUCGCCUGGAAGGUACAACCUAGAAAUAUGCUGCUAUUCGCCUGCCAUUUAACUAAUUCAACAGCACAAUCCAUACAGGGUGUGCGUUUUAUUAACUACAACUAUUUAUCCGAUAAUAAGGAUAAAAAACAAGCUGCCUAAAUUAUAAAGAAAGACACAAAUUUAAAUAUCUUAACAAUAUAAAACCCAACCGUAGCAUAAAUAAAGCAAAAAACCACAAGAACACAAAAAGGAUGUUUUUUAAAAAAAAUAUAUCCUUAAAAACUCUAGUUUAAUUUUGUUGAACAAAUUUAAACUCUAUUGAAAUCUCCCUUGAAAACAA